GCUUUCUUUGGGUGCGGACGUGUUUCAGAAUGAAAGUAUAUCGUGUUUCGCGUUGAUUGUGAGUUUUUUUUUUCUACUAAUAACUGUGUUGGUGUUAGCGCAUCCACCCACCGUUUGCCCGUCGUGCUGCACUGGAGUCAAUCCGUGAUCAAACCAGUGGUGAACUGCAACCAAAUAUGCAUGCUUUGCAUAGGGGCAAGUGAAAUAGACGCUGUUGUUUGCUCCGGUAGACCGAGCGAGAGCGCGUCGAAUAAUUUUGCCCCUUGGAUUCUGGUCUGGUUUCGAAUGGUCUGUGUGUAUUGGUUAAACAUCGUGUCGCGUUUGUGAAAAUUGUUCAAAUAGACACUGCUGCUGCUGGGCUGAAUUUUGCCCCGUCGAUUGUUAUACUGGUUAUACACCAUUCGAAAUGAAAGUGCAUCGUCCAAAUCCAAGGUUUGUGCAGAUAUUUUAGCUGGAAUUCCGGAUCGUUUUUCGUGUGCAGUAUAAAACAACUCAAUAUGUUUCGAUGGCUCGGGCUGCGACACUGUGAGAUCAGGAAAAAUGUCAAUUUUUGUACUAUGGGAUAAGUUUCUCUCCGCUCGGUAAUGUGUGUGUAUGUUAAUUUACUCUACGCGAAUCUGGCCUGUGUGCAUAGUAAAUUUGCAUGAUUAGUUACUAAAAAUACGAUCAAAACAUCCAAAUUGUUCUGCAGUCAAAUAUGAAGAUUGUUUUAUAAAAAAAAAGAAGCUCCUCAGAUCAGUGGAAGAUUGAUUGAUUAUUUUUCAAUGUGACGUGUGGUGGAAAAGGGACUAAAAUUGUACAACGGCUUUUCAACAGUGUUGGUAAAUCCGCACCGAAGGUAGGAGCAACAAUAACGCUAGUGCAUGUGUGUUUGUGCCCGUGUAUACCUCCGAAACAGCUCCGCUGAAGAAAGGUGUGGAAUUAUUACAAAAUGAAUGAAAUUGUAAUUAUUGAACAAAAGUGAAACGAAUUCGUCGUGCGAAUCAAACAAAAGCGUAGCGAUUCGGGUGUCCGUCCAAUGUGAAGUUGUGUGGCGAGAGAGAAAAAAAGUGCAGUGUUUGUUACGGAGCAAAUAUAUUGUAAAUACAAAACAUAUCAACGCUGUUUAUUUCUCCCGGAUUACUUGGCGUACGUACUCUGAUGUACGGUUUUGUGUCGAUGGAGUUGACGAAGAAAACAAACAUUUCGUAGAAUAAAAAAACGUCGUUCCUGCGAAACUGCGUUGCGAAAAGAAGUCGUGAUUUGUUGAAGGUGGUGGCCAUUUGGAGCUUUUCAUUAAAGCACACAGCGCGAACACCGGCUGGCUGCAGCUGUCUUUUGAAUCGGAAAAAUCAGCAUGCCCUUCGUCUGACCGCCGUCGAUCAGAACUAACACUGAAAUGGCCCGCUGCAUCGUGGCGGAAACAGGUUCCCCUAUCAACGACAGGACGAUUACUCGCCGACGAAGGAUGUCGGAUUUCAAGCUGAGCCGCAGUGAGCAUGAUUUGUGAGUUGAGUGCAGUGCGGUUAGGACACCCGUCUGGAACGACGACGAUGAUGAGGAUAAUCCUCUAGGUUAAAUUGAUGGCUUCCUCCGGCUAGAAGCAUUAAGAGUUUGUGUGUGAGUAUUUGGGGUUCAGAAAACACGUCAAGAGUUAAUCGCUUAGCGUGAAAAAGUGCCAACCCGUGGCCAUUAGUGUCAGAUUCAUGAUAUUUGUGUUCUUCCGGUUGAGACAACGGUGAGGGGAAGAUGAAUUCCGUGUUUUCCGCGUUCAAAUCUUCCGGCAAGCAUGACGGCAAACAAAAGUCGUCGGGCGGCAAAAAGAUUGCUCAGGAUCCGCCCAACAGCUACGAGAAGUUGCGGCAUAUACGGGAAAUCAGCAGCAGCAAGAUGAAUAGUCUGGUCGUGUUGGAUCAGGUCGAAACGAACGGCGGAUUAGCUGUGCUAUCGUCCUGUGCCACAACACCAGUGCAGAGUCCUUCCAGCGAGAAGAGUUUGGAUCUCAAGGAUCUCGGUGAAGACCAGGUAGAUCGGGCAAUAGUCGAAACGGUGCCGAACGGUACGGACCAGCCUCAAUUACCUUCUGUCGUUACAACGGCAGUAACCGCAAAGGCUGACACAUCGAGUGAUAGUUUAGCUGAUAGUGUAGUAGUUAACAAGCCUCCUUCGGGGGCAGCAGCUGUGGCGGCUGCCGCAGCCAUAGCAGUAGUGACUCCAGCAACAACGAUCAAUGGCGGCGGUUCGGGAGUUGCCAGUUUUGCCGUCCCUGCCGCUCCAUCAUCAACCAUUCCGACCAGCUACAGCAACAACAGUAGCAAUCAGUGGAACGUCGUCAAUGCCAGCGCUCGAUUCCACAAACCGAGGCUCAGUUUGAGCAGUAGCGUUGGUCUAACUGGUACCGGCAGCAGUAGCAGCAGCGGUUGCGGCGGUAGCAACGCGAUGCCUUCGGUACACGGACGUUCCGGUGGGAAUGGCGCAGCGGGCAGCGGUCCGGGCGGAAUGCCACAGAAAACCAGACUGUCGACGCACCAAAGAAAUCUUAGUUUAGACUUUAGAUCCAUGGGAAUCCUAUUACCUCCAGUGUCGCAGGUGACCAAUACUCGAAUCAACAUGACUCAACAUCACCGAAAUCGGAGCUUAGACAGUGCCCUCCAGCGAAUACCUGAGGUGGAGGUGUCGUCGCCCAGUGCCGAAUCGGAGAACACACUGUGUACCAACUCGAUCCUCGGUGCCACAAUGUGCACCAAAAUCAUUCAGUCCUCGUCAACGAAUCCGACCAAUACGCCGGCGAUUACACGAGGGACGGGAGCUAGCGGAAGUGUCACCGUAGAGGGAUUGAGCAGCUGUAGCCGUAGCAGUGCGCCGAUGAUCGACGGAAGCGUAGCUGGAUCUGCGCUUGUAUCUGGUUUGCGAACGGCAAAAAGGGAAAAUGAAUCCCUUGGAGGGAAGGAGAGUGACAGCAAGAAGAGAGAAGACUUGACCAGUCUGGGGUCGGAUGAUUCUGGCAUCAUUUGCGGCUCGGAACCGGACCAUACAUCACUGACCAGGAUUCGGCGUUCGCGGGAAAGUCUCGACUCUGGCGAAAUUGACCCCUCAGAGGAGGAGUGCAUAGAAAUCCUCGAGACGACAUCGAUGGACGAAGAAUAUCGGAUGUUACAGUCGGAUCUAGGGUUCUAUCCGUUGACCCUCGGGGGUCCGGGAAACAUCAAAGGCGCUAGGAGUUUUCCGAACAAAGACUGCCGAAGCGGGAAAUCGGCAGAUGGCGGCAGCAGUAGUAGUGGAUCGUCAUCCUCCUCCGAAGAGACUGUUAGUGAUAAAGUUCGCUAUCGGGAACAAAACAUGGCCAAAGUCGCCAUUAUGUUGGAGAAAAUUUGUGUCCCCAUCGAGUACGAGGAUAACCUAGUCGGUGGUGAUGGCGAGGAUGAGGUUGACGCAGUGACACCCAUCGUCGAAGACGACAAAACUGUGCUGGCGGAUAUGACGACACCGGUAGAAUCCGAUCCAAAAAAUUUGACAGCGGCUGCCACUGCGACCUCCUCGGUUGUGCCAACUAUUACUACUACCGCUGCUAGUAAUCAAAAAAGCGAUCAAAAGAAUGAUAUCAUUUUUCGAAAUUUUUUCGGUGCCACCAAGAAUGCCAUCUUUCGGACGGCCCAAAGUAUCAUUGAUAAUCAUGAAAAGAAGAGUGCAAAAAAUAAGGAAAAAGAAGAAGAAAAAGUGAAAUCGCCAACGGAAAUGUCGAAGAAACGUGAGUUCAAUGUUCUACGGUCUCGGUUGAAAAUCAAAGAAGCCAGCAGUACCAACAACAACAGUAACACUACCAACAGCAGUAGCAGUUCAGCAGCAGGUGUAACGACAAAUGCCAACACUAGUAAUAACAGUAGUAGUAAUGGUAACAACAAUCAACUAUCCCCGGAGCCACAGCCAUCGCCGGAGCCCGAAAUCAAAAGUCUUUCAAAAUCAUCGUCCACUAGUUCACUGAAGGUGCCAGGAGUAGCAGUACCGACCUACCCCAAUCCAAGGGAAAUCAUCGAACCUCAUCUCAAAGCCGAGCGGAAUCAGAGCGGACUGCUAAGGUUUUUCGAAUCACCAGUUUUCAAUAUCCAUUUCGCCGUCCAUUACCUUUUCUACUCAAAAGAACCAGGCGUUCUUAGCUUUAUUGGCAACAAACUGUUUAGUUUUCCCUACACCGAGGUCGAUCUGUAUAUCCCUCAGUUGAUCAUAAUGUACAUGCAGAUUGAAGAACUGUCCGAAGUGCUGGAUCCAUACUUGGUCUAUCGGUGUCGACAAUCGGUGGACUUCUCUUUGCGAUGUGUUUGGUUACUGGAAUCUUAUAACUUCAAUAUGGGCAUGAGCAACAGCGGCAGCUUAAGUCGAAAGCAUUUAACGUUGCUUAAAGAGCUCUACCCAAAGCGCGAAAGGAGACAGCAGCUCCGACCGAUUGAGCCAAUCGUAGACACCGUCAAGAAAACCCACCACCGUUCCCAGUCGGAUGCGACGGGCCUGAUGGGAUCACUAUCACUGAAUCCCAUUCUCUAUCCUGCCCCUGCGAAACCCCUUUGCCUGGGUGACCUCAGCAGUGGACGGGCCUUCGAUAACGGAUGUGUAUGCUUCGAGUCUGUUCGGGGGACGGUGAAUGAUUUACUCGGCCAGCAAACUGUGUGCUCCUGUGGUGCUCCAAAACUGGUACCACAGAAGGAAUUUAUGAAAGCUCUCAUCGAUAUCGGUCGUAUGCUAACCGUUCUACAGACGAAGUUUGAAAAAACCUCUCGGCUGAGGAUACUCCUAAACCUGAUCAACAAGAAUCUUCCAGCGCGCGUUUGGCUUCCACUGCAUUCCGAAACACCGCACCAUGUAGUGCGGAUAACUGAGGAAAAAAUGGCCGUCCUCAAUUCCAAGGAUAAGACCCCCUACAUUAUAUAUGUGGAGGUUGUCGAGGUAAAUGACAUCUACACUUCUCCCGUCAUUCCGAAAAUGAUGCCAACGUUACGGCACACCAAAAGCGAAGAAAGGUUGGACAGCGGUAUGAAACCAUCCGAUGGGACUGCAGCUGCAGACUCGAGUUCGAUUACCAGUGCCACCAACGGGCACCAAACGUUGAAGCAGCACGAUUCUAAAGCAUCCGAGUGUUCCUCUUCCGGGGAAGCGCCCACCUCGAGUAUCGCGUGGGGUAUGUUGGGGGCAAUGUGCGACUACAGUCUGACCGAGGACGACGUAUGGUCCCAGGAAGAUGAUGAAAUCACCGCACAAUAUCUGAAUCUGCAUAAGAGUCUCUCCGAGCGGGAUGCAAUUUCCCAGUUUUCGAUGGACUCCUACGAUUCGAGAGAUCACGGUCCACCUAUUCUAUUCAAUAUCGGCGAAGUCCGGAGUCGUCACUGUGCCAAUCUCAAUACUGAGAACACGAAACCGUUCAGCUUCGAUCCUGACGAUCCUUCGGCUGCCAUUUUGAAGGAACCAUGGCACGAAAAGGAAAGACAAAUUCGCGAAAGCUCACCUUACGGUCACCUGCAAAGCUGGAAGUUGCUUUCAGCCAUUGUCAAGUGUGGUGAUGAUUUGCGACAAGAACUGAUGGCGACGCAACUUUUGGAGAUGUUCAAGCUUAUUUGGCAGGAGGAAAACGUGGACCUGUGGGUGCGGCCGUACAAAAUCGUUUGCCUGUCCAAUGAUUCCGGGCUGAUCGAACCAAUUGUGAACACCGUGUCCUUGCACCAGAUCAAAAAGAACAGUAACAAGAGUCUUAGCGAUUACUUUGUCGAUGAGUACGGAGGCGACGUGCGCUUGGAACAGUUCCGAACGGCGCAGCGAAACUUUAUGCAGUCCUGUGCCGCCUAUUGCCUGAUAUCGUACCUGUUGCAGGUUAAAGAUCGACAUAACGGCAACAUAUUGCUGCACGCCGACGGUCACCUGAUACACAUCGACUUCGGCUUUAUCCUUAGUAUCUCUCCCAAGAACUUAGGUUUCGAGCAGUCGCCGUUCAAACUGACGCCAGAGUUCGUAGACGUAAUGGGUGGACCCUCCUCAGAAUUGUGGUUCGAAUUCAACCACCUACUUUUGGAAGGUCUGAAGGCAGCCCGAAAGCACAUGGAUCGGAUAAUUAAUAUUGUUGAGAUUAUGAGGAGCACAUCCCAACUGCCGUGCUUCAAGAACGGCUGCUCCGGAACGGUGCGUAAUCUGCGCAACCGGUUCCACAUGAACCUUACCGAGCAGGAGCUGGAACGUAAGGUGGAGCAACUGGUGCAGGACUCGCUGAAUUCCUUCUCGACCAAGCUCUACGACAGCUACCAGUACUUCACGAACGGCAUUUUGUGAGAACGAUUUUUCAUGAAAAUCUAAAAAGUCUGCUGUCUUCAGCCACAGUCACAGUUAUGGCCAUAUUACCUGCGAGAAGCGGAAAACGAUGAAAAUGAGAGAAAAGAGUACAAAACAGUUUCUAUUGGUGUUUUUUUUUCUGCUCCUGUCCAUUGUAAAAAAUAUACACGCAGUAAGAAAAUUUGAUGAGGAAUUAUAGUUGAUCUACGUUUCUUAUUGGAGAAAUAUAGCGUGGCAUCAUCCCUCAUGUAAAUGUUUUGUAAAUAUAGGCAGGAAUCGUAAUCUACAAAAAAACAGGACAGGUGUACAGACAUAGGAAAGUAGCAUUUUGAAUGAAAAGUGUCUGGGUUUUUCUGUGAAAAACCACUUUUUGCCGACUAACGUUUUAAUCAUAGAUAUAUUUUCUCUGUGUAAAAACAUCGCUGAAUUUCUUCAUUACUUACAAUACCAAAAUCGCGUUUUACAAGAAACGAAUAAGAAUGAAAACAAUGCAAACAAACAAUUCACAACAUAGACCUAAGAGUAUGUACUGUCCGGUAGAGGAAGGGAUCAAAACGCAGUUAGAUUAACACAUUUUUUGCGUUUAUAUUUAGACUAGGCGGAUACAGAGAAGAUCAAUUCCAAUAAUCAAACGACUAGGCUAGCGAGAAAGUAAAUCCUGUUUGCGUUGUUAUCCCGCUGAAUAACAAUUUUGCAUUGACGGUUGCUUGAUAAGUUUAAAUUUAAAUCACAGCAUCAUCAUUCGCAUUACGGUUUGAAGUUAUAUGUCAACCUAUAAUUUAUAUACUCAUUAUAUUUAGCUAAUCUGCGUAUACUUCGAGUGCAGUGUAUCUAUGGCCCUCCUUUGAUGCACUGCACUUGUACGGCUUUAUGCAUUGUAGAAAGGUUCAUAUCGAUGGAUUUUACUCCAUCAAUUUUGCGAUACAUGCGUAUUAGGAUUCGGUGAAAGCUUGUUAAGGUAAUUGUUGCUACAGAUGAACUUUCAUCACAUACCAGCAUCCGUUUGCCGACGGCAAGAAAGUUGCCGAUUGAUAUCAGACUACAACAUUACUUCUUGCAGGUUCGUAGUUGUCCCUUUACGCGGUCAGAUGCCAAAUUACUGCAUGCAAAAUCUCGUUCUAUUCUAUUCGUCGCAAUUUCAUGUUCGCUUCGGUGUAAAUAUGCUAGCUUCAGAUCCAAAAAGUUCACGUUUAACGGGGAUUUGAUUUACACUCUAUAACCCUGCAGCAAGAAAGGGAUUUGUUAUCCUUAUUGUGCAUUCUUGAUCUAAAAAAAAUAUAGUUGAAAGACAUGCUUCUAUAAAAUAUACAAUUAAUAUCUAGCCUAUCAGAAUAUUAUAUUUCUAAUCGAUUCAUGGAAUCUUUUUUUUAUUUUAACUCUAUCAAACUGAUAGAUGUAUACAAAUAGACAAAUUCUACCUAUCUAUCAAUACUAAUAAAACAUACACACACAUUCACAA